UAAGUGCUUUCCUGUCAGCAGCCCGCCAUCUGAACCAUGAGCCACUGUCACUGUCUCAACAAGGAAGCUGGACCAAGACGAGCAAGUAGCUGAUGAAGAUACUUUCAAAGUCCGGCGAUAGUUUCUGUUGUGCAAAAUACCAGUGUGCAAGAGGCCGAGCAAAUGUAACGCAUCCAAAGGCCCACAGUCCGCUUCGUCUUGGCCCAGAAUAGCGUGUAAAGGUUGCGUGUGUCUGUGUUGGGCUGUGGCGCUGAAUAAGUACGCGCGCCGUCAAGAUCCUGGUACAUCGAACAACUGAACAAACAAUUAUUCUCUAGAAAUCACAUCUGUUCUUCUCCUACCUCUGCUCUCUCUGAUUUCCUUCUUACUCCAUUCCCAAGUAGACCGUAGUUGUAACAAUUGGUAUCAGAUUCGUUCGAUCCUCGGUUUCAAUUUGUCAACGCCAUGUCUCUCGAUUUCAAGCUCAUCCUCGAUGAGUUCAACCGGCGGUUCGACGAGCUAGAGAUUCGCUGGGACCGGCGCUUCUCGUCCGCCGCGUACAUCGACCUCCCGCCCACCUCGCUCAGCAUCAACCACUCCUCCGACGCGUCUGCCAGUGCGCCGCCCACCCCGGUCGCGGUCAUCGCAGACAAUUGGGGCGGGUGCUUUGACGACGGCGAGCAGUACCGCACUAGGCCAUCCGUCGUCGUCGACAACUGGGGCGGAUUCUUCUAUGGCGAGGACGUCGCUCCGUCAGACAACCCCACGAGAUUCGUCCUCCCCGUUGCCUCCACCGACGAGCCCAGCAUCGACACCGCGCCGGCCCGCGCCAACUCUGGAGCCGCGGAUGACUCCGUGUUUGUGACCGCCGAAUCCUCCGGCUACGAGGAACCCUCCGGCUACGACGAGAUGGAUGCUCGACUCGACCUGCGCUUCGCCAGGCUGCAGCAGCUGCAAGCUGAGGAGGUGGACGAGCCGUACCGUGACGCGGUGAGCCCACUGCCUCCUCUACCCGUCGUCUACGAGCCGUACCGCGAGGCAAGCCAUCCGCCUCCCGUCCACGACGACGUUGCGGGGGUGGUGUCCACGGGCUCGGAUGAUGACCUCGACCUGCAGCAGAUCGCCAAGGAGCCGUCCGUGUCGUCGCCGCCGCGUCACAGCUCGAGAGACGCCGUCCGAGGUCCUUGCCCUCGUCCACUGCAUCACCAGCUAACUAUUCCCAUCGCGGCCAACCUGGACCAAAUCUGCCGCCUAUCCAGGCCCUGCGAUGUGGCCGACCGGGGUCUCCUCUGUGACCUGCUCUGGUCCGACCCUUCUUCCAUGGAGGACAGAGAGUGGGCGGACAACAAGGAUCGAUACGUGUCCUGCACCUUCCGCGCCGACGUCGCGACGGACUGCCGCCGCGCGCAGGACCUGGACAUCGUUUGCAGAGCGCACCAGGUGGUGGAGGACGAAUAUGAGUUCUCUGUCGACCGACAGCUCGUCACCUUCUUCUCUGCCCCCAACUACCGCAAGCUCGGCUGCUCCUUCACCAUCAUCAAGCUGAAGGCGGACAGAAACAGCAGCUCGCCCCUCGGGUGUUCGACCAAAUGUCCCAGCCAGGCACUGCACCCCAUUGUCAAGCCCAAUCUAGUAGUCGUGCUGAAUAUUGCAGGUGCUGGGGGCAAGUUAUGUGGAGGAUUUAAUAUCAAAGUUUUCACAAGGGUUCAUCAGACUGGGGAUGUAUCGCUUAUGUCAAACGUAUCCAUUGAGCUUGUGUCAAACAUGAUGGAACAGGGCAAACAACCUUCUGUUGCAGCCAUUCCAGGUCUUGCAUUGGGUGGUGGCCUAGAGUUGACUAUGAGUUGUCAGGCUCAAAUACCUACUCAUGUUGCUCACACCAUCUGCUCGCUUGUUAACAACGUUAUGGCAUCGCAGGCUCAUGUCGUCGGACAAGGGAUCGUAGACCGCGCCGCGUUCAGUGGCGAUCACCAAUGGAUCGUCCAAGGUACUGCCAAUGGUCACGGGCUCUCCUCCAAGGUUGCUGCUGAGGUGAACAAUCAGUUUAGAGUUGGUAUUCAGACUACUGCGAUUAUUCAUGUGCUGCCAAGGGGUGUCCUACAGUUUGGCUCUACUGGUUUGGCUUUGGGAAACAAAAAAAUUGUGAUGUUUGCAAAGAAGUUGUGUUCUCAGCUAAACAAUCGUUCAAGCCUAGCUGCAUCUGCUUCGGCUAAAAACACUUCAAGACAGCAUGGCCAGUCACUUAUUGAUAAUGCAAUUGUGUCAACCAGUACACCACCAAAUGUAUUGUUGAUUGCAUCUUUGCUUUGGGCUGCACAACAGAAUGGUCACCCUGAGCUCAUUGGAAAAACACCAAUAGUGAGGCCAUCAUUAGAUGUUGAGAGACACAUUCUUCUGAAAGGAGCUUUUGAUAAAGCUGAGGAAAUAGUCUUGAGAAUGAAGCAAUGGGAUGGUACUGCGGGACUUGUUUGGCAGAAGGAUAGCUUAAUGGUGCCCAAGUGGCUUACUGACAGAUUGAUGGCAUUUCUAAUAUUCUAUAGUGAGGCCAUUACAGCUCUUCUCUGUUGUGCACUCAUUCCUGGCCUGUUAUUGCUAGAAUUAGUCAAGUUCACAGAGACUUGGCAAGGGACUGUUUGCUGGGAGCCAACAAUCCUAUUGAUGAUGCGGAGACACCUUUACAAACAGAAUGAGUUGUAUGCGACACUUUUUGAGGGAGCUAUGAUUGGGUACACUCCAGGAGGAAUGCAAUUUGCUCAAGAAACUAUAGAGACGAUGAUUUCAAGCAAUCUCUUCUUGACUGCCGAGAUGGCCAAUACUCUAUCUCCAUGGCCAUGGUUCAAUUGCGUUCAAGAGUGUGUGCUGUGGCAGUUUGAUUUAUUGGAUAUAUCGGCUCUUCAUGCAUCGAGAAUUGGUUUUUCAUUUGUGAUUAUACUGACGGAAUCUAUCAAAGUGCUCAAGAUGCUGCUAGUAGACCAAGGUGCUGCAGGACAUUUCUUUGUCAUGAUUUGGGAUCCUGGUGGAAUUGAUGUCAUGUAUCGGCUUGAGGGCAAGCCGAAUUUUAAGAAGGGGAGAAUGUCAGCAGCCCGCCAUCUGAACCAUGAGCCACUGUCACUGUCUCAACAAGGAAGCUGGACCAAGACGAGCAAGUAGCUGAUGAAGAUACUUUCAGAGUCCGGCGAUAGUUUCUGUUGUGCAAAAUACCAGUGUGCAAGAGGCCGAGCAAAUGUAACGCAUCCAAAGGCCCACAGUCCGCUUCGUCUUGGCCCAGAAUAGCGUGUAAAGGUUGCGUGUGUCUGUGUUGGGCUGUGGCGCUGAAUAAGUACGCGCGCCGUCAAGAUCCUGGAGACAAAGCUUGGACGCCUAGCUUAUACUCAAGAUCGGACAACACGAGGAAUAUAUGAUUUGUGUGAAUUCACUAAAAGAUUGGAUCAGAGCCCGAAAGCUGAUACUCGUCAGGUUACAUCAUCAACUUCUCGUCCUGCUAUUGAAUCCUCAGAGAGAAUUGUUAGGGUUGCUUCUUUACCCCCGGCUUUGGAACCAGAGUCUCCUAGAAUUGAGGCACCUAAGGUUGUGCGCUCAUCUACAGUCAUGUCAGCAUCAGGUCUUAGUUUGCUAGCUGGAACUACAAUACCACCUAAAAGAAGUGAGGUCAAUACAGACAUAAAGUGGCCUUGGCUAAACCAAUUCUGCUGUGUGCUGAUCAUACCCUUCACACGAGCCUUAUGCAAGAGUAGUAGUAAUCAUCAAGAGGGUCGGAAAAAAAGAAGAAAAAAACAAGCGGAGGAGUAAAAGGAAACAUCCUCGCAUUGUUUACGGUGAAAUGGAGAAUAUCUUGAAAAAUAAGCUAGUCCUUAGGCAGGAAAUAAAAAAUAUCUCUACAAAUUAGCCCUUAGUUGAAUAUUUUUUAUUUUCUGCUCUAAGGGCCGGCUAGUUUGUUGUAAGAGCAUCUUCAUCCCUCACAUCAAACCCUUGUCUGGAACCCUUAGAUAGAGACAAGGUUAGGGGAGAAGGAGUCGAGACGAAAAAUAGAUAAGAUGGAACUCUGACAUUUUUUGCACUUUUUUAUACUAAAAUAUGUAUAGUCUCUUAAGAUUUAUAUAUUCGAUAAAGGAUCUACAUUGGGUA